UACACGCCGUCGGCCGGUUUGCACGCAGUGCGCACACGUUGCCGCGUAACGAACAUUCGCAUCGUCGCCGCAGUCGUGAUCCGUUUCGAACGCAGUCCGCGUCAUUGUUAAUACCGCGCGUUGUGCAACGUUCGUCUCCGCGGGUCGUCGUCAUGUUCUCUCCCACGCCGUCGCCGAUCUCUCGGACCGUGCAGUACAGAAAGGUGAGCGUCCCCGACAUUCGUAGCACACCCGAACGUCCCGUUGUGUAACGCACAGUCGUCCCCGGCGUUUCGCCUUCCCGUCCCCGUUCAGGGCCGAUGCGAGGAACACGCGGUGGUUUUCCGCGGAUUUCGUACCGUCCACUCGUUCGCGAUUUCCGGACGUCGCGCCGACGAGACCCGCGACCGCCCGUCGCGCCGCCGGAUUAAAACGAGUUCCCCCCGAGGGGGGAAAAACCCGUGGCCCCGUCCUUCGAACACUCCGCGUCAGUUUUCCCGGUGGUGAAAAAUUCGCCCGUACACGUGGAGAACGUAAACGGAACAAAUGGGCGCGCGCGGGGGUUUUUUUUUUCUUUUCCACGUUUAUCGCGUCCAGCGCUAAGAUAACCGUCUCGAAUACGUCGCUGGAUCGAUUGGCGUACGGGACGCGGACACGUUGUCCGCAUCCAUCAUGUCCGCCGUGUCGGAAAAUUGCGCGGCGAGUAUAAUUACGUAUUUCAACGGGCGUGUGUCUCGGGUACCCCCCCCCCCCCCNCCCCCCCCACACACACACACUCCCACCACCAUCCCCCAUCCCCACCGAAAGAACACCGCCUGGCGAUUCGAAAAAUACGGUAUUCGAGUUAUCGCCAUCGGAGUGGCAUGCCCCGGUACGGGUCAUCCUUUGGUGUUCUCGAAUUUUUCCCGUUCGUUCAAUGCCGAAGGCGUUGCUAAUUCAAAUGACCGCGAAUGUUCGCUCAAAAUUAAUAGACAAUACGGUCUCCUGCCGUAUGAAAAACACCUGACACUUCUGUGACUCCAUUGAAUUGCGCUUACUAAACGUCGCAUUCACGCAAUAUUUUUCUAGCCAGCGUUGAGUCGUGUCUCAAAAGUAACAGUGUCGCACGGGAAAAAAAACCAUAGAACCCCGCGGAGAACCGUGAAACGUUAGAAGUCGAUUUCCCGAAAUUUCCGUACUGUCAUCCGUGUCGUCAUCGCUGUUCUUUGCGGUAAACCGUUUCGCGCGGGAAAACUCGACCCGUUCGUGUCGUUUCGGUACUGACUACCGCGGUUUCACAAGACGCGUCGUUAAGAAGGACUCUAUCCGUGUACGCGCCGUACAUUUUUUUUCUUUGCCAACGCAAACGAAACUCAUGCUAUCGGUUAGUUCGUUUUGACUUUUCAAUUUACUCGGGAAAAAUGUUAUUGAGAAGUGAUAUUAAAAAAAAAAAAUAAUAACAAUAAUAAUAAUAAAAAUACGCUGAUACUGCUGCUGUGGUGGGCGUGCCGUCACAGUUAUGGGUGAGGAGCUGUAAGAGUUGGAUUCGAUUGAAUGCGUUGAAAUCGCGUUGAAUUCACAAACAUUUUGCCGGGCGGAACAACUUUAUCCGCGUGAAACCGGAUAGUAAUUUUCGCAAAAACCACUCGAGAAUUACAAACGCCUGGAAUGAAAAUCUCAAAACGCGCGAGAUUUUCGACCGGAACUUUGACCGCGUCCAGAAAUCGAUAACGCGAGUGGUCUGCGAAAUCGCAGGUCCCUUCGAUUACGUUUAACCGGAAUUUCAAAAGCAAAAUAAAACCUAAAACGGUAAUAUAGAAUCGUCCGCGUAAAACGCGUGUUUCUCCCCCUCCCGCCCCCGUCUCCCCCACCCCGUUAAACAAGUCAGAAAACUACAAGUCGAGACUAACGACGAAAUCUCCUCGGUUCGUCGAACAACGCAACGGACGAAUUGACUGCGCGAGCGACGAUAUUCACGCUCGAACGGACAAAAAAAACACCCGAAAAGCUCGCGCCGUCGUAAAAACCCGACGCGCCGGCGGACGUACUCGGAAUCCGAAACGGCACCGGGUGCUGUCUACCCGACUGCGCCGCGACGAAAUGUCGGCGACCGUGCAAACGGACCGCGCCGCCCCACCGGUCCUUUCGACGUUCGAACAAUCGCCGAGUUUGAAAUAUCCGUUCGGCGCGUACACGGUGCCCCGUGCGACUGUUCCGGUUCGCAGCUCUUCAGUAGCGCAGUCGCUGGACUUUCGGCUGUUCCGCGCGAUUCGCGAACAUUAAAUCCCCUCUCCCCCCCCGAAAAAACCGCCGGUUCGCGAUAAACGGAUCGCCCCGCACGGAUUAUCGUUCGUAAACGAUUGCGAUAACGUUCUCGUAAUCGUUUCGGAACUCCGUUCUUAUUAAUAUCCAGUGCACGCAUAGUCACUGUCAACCUACGUCAUUUUCAUAUUGUGUUUCAUAAUUUUUUUUUUUUUUCUCGGCAGAUAACCAAACCGCUACUGGAACGGAAACGCCGAGCCCGCAUCAACCGGUGUCUGGACGAACUCAAAGAUCUGAUGUUCACCGCGCUGGAGGUGAGUGAGAACGUGUCGGUCGUACGCGAAACGUCGGUAACAGCCGAGUUGCCCGGUGUCCUUCCGAUCCGGCCGGUUCGAAACCAGAAGUCAAUAUUCGAGAGAUAUUCGAUAUUCAACGCCGUGCGCGCGCCGCCACCCCUCCCCCCCCCACCGGCCGUUUCCACCCCGUGUAACAUCCCCGUGUAUUAACUGUUUUUUAAUCGCCGUUGUCCGGCAACGUAUCUUUUAAAGACCGUGCACUCGUCGUCCCCCGUCGCCGGCGAUAGAGUCGAACAACAUCACCAAUCUCGUUGAUAAUAAUAAUAAUAAUAAUAAUACAAAAAAAAUCACCGAAAACCCGUCGGCGACACCCCAAAAUAUUCGAUUUCGAAAUGCGAAAGCGCGCGGUACGGUAUUAUCCUCUUUGUUUUGAACGAUGCCGAGCGUGCGAAUGUUUCAUCCCGGUCGUAAAAACUUGAUCUCAUAAACUCUCGAAUCGCGUAACGGACGGACGGACGGGGAAUUGCGAUUUUACACGCGCAUUCAUAAAACACGUAUAAAUUGAAUAUUUCCGUGUGGAAAAAUAAUAAUAAUAAUAACAAUAAAAAAAAAAAAUGUACGGACUUUUUAAAUAUUUUAAUAUAUUGUUUAUCGGUAUACAGGCCGAAGGAGAAAACGUCGACAAACUGGAAAAGGCCGACAUUCUGGAAUUCACCGUCAAGCAUCUACAAAAAAUCACCCGGAGAGAUCCCGUCGAAGAAGCGUAUAAAUUUCAAGUGAGUUUAUUGUCACCCGUACGGUUUCUUGCGACCGUUACAAAUAACGAUAAUUAUUAUUGUAUUCAUAGUAUUGCCGUUUGGAAACGGUCAAAGUUUUCUAAUGAAACGCGGUCCACGGCCGUUGAUAAAAGGGGGUGGGGCGCCCGGGGAAACACCUCCAAACGCGAAAAUCAAGACUAUCGAGUCGGAAAUUCAGAGAUUUUUAAUUCGAUAAAAUACAUUUUUUUUUUUCGGCCAAUUUAUCACGCGUUAAAUACCGUAGCGCAUUGAUUUUUUUCAUUGUCAUUUUUCUAAUGAUAAAAAAUACCGGUUGAAAACAUUGUUGUUCGAACGUUGGCAAAUUCGGUGUUUGGAAUCGGACGGUUUCCAAUCGCACGCGUCCACUCUUCGUCCACACGGUUAACAUUCAUCAUUAAGAUAACAAGCAAUCCAUUCGGAAAAAUUUCUGGUCGAAUCUCAAAACUCCAAGUAUUGAAUGUUUCUACUGUACAUUUUUGCGGAAAAAAAUCAAGACCAAUACUACGUUCCUCGCCGUGCUCAGAAUCCGAAACUUUCUUUUUUUAUUUGCUUUUCGGCUCGGCGGGUUUAAUCGAUUUUUUUUCUUACGGUUGUGUGUGCGUGUGUGUGUUUGCGAGGGAAGGUUAGGAGGGACGGUGAAAUAACGACAUUACUUUUGUAUGUAUGAAAACUUCGCGCCAGAACAGUAUUUCGUACGAAACGAUCGAGGUCGUACACCAGCCCCGCGCGAAAACCGUCCUCGUCAACCGUCACACGGAGACGGUGGCGAAAUAUUUCAAAACGAGUAUCCACAGACACUUGAUACAUUCGGUAUCCGGUUACAAGAUAGUAGGCUAUUAUUGAUACUGGAACGCGGUCGCCACAGCUUCUGGAAACCUGGAAACGCGUAUAGGAAAACCUGGAGUUUUAAUUUCAAACUUCAACAUCGAUUUUCGUAAACGUUAACAACCGUUCGAUAAUCGAUUGUUUGAUCGAUUGUGCAAACAUUCCAAUACAUUUAUUUAAUCCGGUAAACCGUUCCGGAGAAAACGCGGGAAAUUCGAAACGGAAUUCACGAUGGCGACCGCGUGAAGCGACGAGUAAUUCGAAAUACUCGUAACAUUUUAUGCAUUCGCGCAUACCUUCCACACAAAUACUCGCAAUGUCUUGAAACCGAAACGUGAAUUACAUUUUGUACGCGCACGCUGUAGUAAAGUAAUAGUCGAAAGGACGCGGUGGUUGUUUAUUUGAAACGUUAUUUUUCCGGACUUCCCGAAAGUGCGUACACCCACUUACAAGUUCGACCGUCCUUCGGCUAUGACUCUCCGAAAUAAAUACCUGUUGGGGGGGGGGGCAGGGGUACUCGAUAUGCUUUCAGGAACUACGCGUCUAUCGCGAUACAAGACAAUACGAGAUUUUCGGUUUUAGCAGCGUAGAUAGCAACCGACCUAACCUAACGGUUAUGUCUUAUUUCGAGUAAAUCAAAUAAAUUUUUUUUUUUUUUUUUUAUAAAUAUUUUAAACAAAAUAUAACUAUUGGAACUAUCUAAACCGUUAAAAACCUCACCUAACCACUGUGAAAUUAGCAGUGUGAUUCCUAAAUAAUUGUCGAACGUUUUGACGCAGUUAUCUGACCCGAUUAUUGUUUACUGUCCGCAGGAAGGGUUCAGCCAUUGCGCCAGCGAAGCGUGCAGUUUCCUGUUGUCGCUGCCGGGCCUGGACUCGGUGGUGGGCCGUCGGCUGGUCGAGUACCUGGCCAAAUCGGUGUCCCGGGCCCUCGAAUCUCAACUCCCGGCGGCCGCGGCCGGCGCCCAGAAACUUUCCGCGGCGGCCGCCGUCUGUCCGACGGCCGCCGUCGACGACAACGACAUGGACUGCGGUUCGAACGCCGCCGCCGCCGCCGCCGCCGUUCUGCCCGUCGAGGCCGCAGCGGUGGCGCGCGGGCUCACCCCGCCGUCGACCAACGACCCGCCCGCGCCGCCGCCCGUUCACAAUACCGCGGCCGCCGUGCUCCUGCCGUCGCCGUGCACCGGACAAACGGCCGCCCUCCCGUCGGCGCCUUUGCCGGCGCCGCCGCAGAAACCCUUCGCCGCCCUGACCUCGUCCAACCGGGGCCCGCACACGGUCGUCCGGCCCAAGCCCACCAGGCCCGCCUUUGGCCAUCAGUCGGCGCCGUUAUUGUCGCCGGGCCCGCGAGACGCCGGUGCCGCCGCGGCCGGCCAACGCGACCCCAUGUGGCGCCCCUGGUGACGAACGACCGGCCGUCUUUGUCGACGAAAAACGGGGGAAAAAUAAAAACAAAAAAAAAAAAUGAUAAACGAAAACAAAUUAUUACGACGACGAAAAACACACCGAAGCGUAUUACAAUCGUCGCACACCUGACCGAUCGUUACAGUCGUUACUCGGUUAGUUACGUGACGCACGCGGCAAUACGGACGGCCGUCGCCACGCACGUCCGCGAGACGGUCAAACGGAAAAACGUCGCUAAUCAACGAUAACAACGGUGUUUAGUAGAAUAAAUACGGGGUUUUUUUUUUUUUGUCUAUUAUUAUUUUCUCCCCGCGACGUGCCGAACUGCCGCGCGCGCCGGCGCCGUUCGUUCGUCGAACGCGGACGCGGCGUCGAGAACGGAAUCGAACGGGGCGACAAAAAACAGUGACGUAGAACGCGAAACGGCGGGGCCGCCGAAACGAACGUCGGAAAACGCUAACGCUCCGCGAGAUGUCGAGCGGCCUCACGGCGACGACAGGCCGACCGACCCCGUGCACCAUGUGGUACGGCGCCGGCGGAUACAUCGACGGCAUUGCGCCGGCUCUACGGCCAGACCGGUACCGCGCGUUUGCCGAACGCGCCGGCCCCCGGAAUACGCAAUUUAUCGUCUGAACAUUCCGAUCCGCGCUGCGGCGCGCCGCGGACUCGUCUCCGCGUACGGCGUUCCGAACGAUUGUAUUUUUAUAUUUAUUUUUAUUAUGUUUUUUUCAUUUUUUUUUUUGUUUUCCCAUUUUAUUUAUCACUACUGCGUUAUUAUUGUAAUUUAUAUAUAUUUUUUAAUACCGUCGCUGCGCGGCCGUGCACUCUCGCGUAGUUUAUUUAUUUUUGUUUGUUACCGUUAUUGUUCGGUUGUUUUUGCGCGGACGGACCUGUUACAGUGUGUUCGCCGGUGUACUUCGCGCGGCGCAACGGUUAUUCGGGCGUUCGGGACCGGGUUUAAGGGGGCGGGGGGAGUGGACGGGGACCCCGGCAGGGCCAAAGUAACCCGGCGAUGACAGUCGUCGGGGACGUCGGGGGAACGGAACGAUAAUCGCGGUCUCCUCGUAUGCCACUCGGCGCAGAGCGCAGGCCGGGUCGCGGAGACGGACGUGGCGUGGACGCGGACGUUCGCCGCAAAAAAAAAAAAAAAAAUCGCCGGCCACGCGGCGUCGGCCCGAAUCCGGCUUCCCCUCUUCCCGCCCCCCCCCCCCCCCCUCGGGGGGAUAUACGUUGUCGGAAACCGCCCUCCCCUCCCCCUUUCGCGUGUACGGUCGACAAUUUGGGUCGGACGUUACGCUAUCGCGUUGCGUCGUAUCGCGUACGCGGGUCGAGUGCGGCGCUUUAAGCGUGACUCGGGUCGCCGGGGCUGUUACGGUUAUUAUCGGUCAGUCCGGUGCUUCGGCUGUUCCCGGCCGCGUCGCGUUUUCAAUGAUGAUCUCACCGGUGCCGUCGGAUCGGCAAAAGUCCUUUCGCGCCGCGCGUCGUUACUACGCCGACGCGAGACUGACGGCCUACUUAGGGUUUUAAUAUUAUUACUAUUAUUACUAUUAUUACUAUUAUUAUUAUUAUUAUUAUUAUAAUUAUUAUUAUUAUUAUUAUUAAGACUUUUCGCUUUGUUUGUCUUUUUUUUUUUUUUUUCGUAUUAGUUUUUAAUAUCCAUUAUCAUUAUUGGCGCGCUCGUAACGCAUUUGUUCUCUUCCGCAUCCGGCACGCGAUAAAACUAAUAGUGUUUAAUAAUAUUAUCGUAUAACUGUCGUUUUAUCAUUAUUAUUGUUAUUAUUAUUUGUAUUAAUAUUAUCAUCGUCAUCGUUAUUAUAGCCGUGUAAGUAUUGAUAAUACCACAUAAUACACCGUGUAUAACAACAUAUUAUUGUACCGCGUUCCUGUGUAACGCACGCUGCAGUUUGUAUCCUUAAAUACCAUUACCAGAGGCGUAGCCGUGAUCCGUAAAGAGGACGCGGGGGAGACGAGGGCAACGGCCCCGGGGACCCGAAAAUUCCAAUCGUAUUUCGUAUAACUCGCAACAGUUAUUGUAUUUUUAAGGGGACAUAAUAUUUAAUGUGCACUGUUGGAUUUUGAAUUUGAAGCACGUGGGAUCUGUAGCGUUACAUCGAAUCUCUUGCGGAAAGAAUUUACCGAAAACAAAUAAUAUAUCCUAAGAAAUAGCCGGCCGAGUGACUUGGACGCGAAAUCUGAACCCGUCACAGGUUACUUAACCCUUCAACGCCCGUUGUAGCAAAUAUGCAACGUGCCAGAACACUAUGUUUCCACGCUACAUAUUAUGCGGAUUAUAAAAAACGCGUUGCGCCGUCUAAUGGAUAGUUCGGGCACUAAUCUAUGUUUCACGUUGAUACGCACACGCGAACGUUAUCAGUUCCCGUUUUGUAAAGGGUUUCAAACUUGAUAACGUAAUUUAACGGUUUUUCUCUUGUGUGUGUGUGUGUGGUUUUUAUUUUCUUGAUUUAUAAAAUGUGUUUUGAAUGAAAAACACUAUUUUAAAUCAUCCAAGAUGAGACUUAAAAUUAUUAUAAGGUAUAUAUAUAUAUGAAACUUUUCGGUCAUUCAUAACACACAAAUAAAUAAUAAUUAAUAACGCGGUAGUUUUACUUGAGUUUAUUUUAGUGCUUAAGUCAUAAUUCUCUAAUACAAGCAAAACUAGUUUAGGAUAUUUUUUAUGUCAAAAAAAAAUUGGGCAUUGAAGGGUUAAAAUCCAUCAUAAAUAUAUGAAAUAUAUAAGUAUAUAUUUCAAUAUUUCAUAAUCACAAACUCAAACCGCUAAUAAUUUAUGAUCAAUAACAAACAUUUCGUGCGUACCAUUAUAUUCCAUAUUUCAUCCUGGCCUUUCAAAAACCAGACUCCGCUCAGAAUCAUUUUUCGUUGGCAAUGAUUUCUCGUUGGUUAUAUGUAUAAAUUAAAUAACUUUAUGUAUCUUAACUUCCCGUCUUCUUAUCUACAACAGUGGCACGCCCAUUCUCAGUAUCAGGUUUUCUUUCUUUUUUUUUUUUUUUUUUUGUGGGCCUAUUAACAACUUUUCUACUAGGAAUUUUGUUUGGAUCAAAAACCGACAAGAGAAGUUUUUUUUAUAGAAGAGGUAUUUUGGAUUUAGAACAUAUUAUUGAUAUUUUUAUGAGUAGAUAGGUAUGGCCAUAGUGUUUGUCACAUUUUCGUUUAGUCCACUCCCGCUAGCGCAUCUCCUCCACUCCCGGCCUACGUCGUAGUUCUCUAUCACAAUGGUUCGAGCAUAAACAUUAUAAACCUUUAAUUAUUUGUAAAACCAAAUUGACUGAUUAUGUGGUAAGGGUGGAAUGGGAUAUAUAGAUUAUAUAGGUUUCGUGUUUAAGUUGAUUGUUGAUCGUUUUGUUUUAACUAGUGGUUAAAACAGAAUUCUAAUCAACUAAAUAAAUAAAACUGUUUUUCAAACAAAAAUGUAAAGCAUUUUUUAAAGAACAAAAAAUCAUGGAAAAAAAGCUAUUGAAAAAAAAUAAGUCGUCGCGGCGUCUAAUAAAAGCGUUUUAUUUAAAAGUGACCACGACGAGAUUGUAAUGUUUCAAAACAGAUUUCAAUAACGAAAACGAAGAGUUGAUGACAGUUGACCUCAAAAAUAUGAAAAAACUAGAAUAAAUUAUUCUAUUUGGUACCAGAGAUACGAUAAGUGUAGGCACUUACAGGCACACAAAGUUGUAAUUUUACCCGAAAAAUGACUACCUUACAAAUUAAAUCCGUCAAUUUGUACGCCUAUACACAGAAUGAUUUUUGUAAAUCAUAAACCAGUAAUUUUCUCGGAGAAUUUUAAAUGAAUUGACUUCUGUUUUUUUUUUUUUAUCACUGUGGAAUCAUUGAAGUUAAAUCAUUUUAGUUAUCAUUUAAAGAAGUUCAUCAUUUUAAUUGUAUGCACUUAUCAAAAUGUCUAGAAAACUAUUCUCUAUUAGAAUUUGUGUUCAAAAAUGAGAGUUCUAAUUUAAAAAACAAAAGUAUCUAUGUAUUUAUUUAGGGUACAUAGAGUAAGGAUAAAAAACUAAAAAUGAUUUUAAAACAAAAUUUUAAACGGUU